AUGAAGAUCAUUGUGGAACUGAAGAUGGUCCUUCUUUUUGCAAUCUUCAUCCUAUUUCUGAAGACUUCACAUGUUUGUUCUUGGCUUGCUGGAAAAUGCCGUGUCUACAGUGAUGGGGAAGAAUUUCAUGUUAAAGCAUCUUCUGCUUCAAAUACGAUCACUACUGUAUGCCGUAGUGUCACUGACAUAAAAGAAGACCUUCGAGGACUUCCUGCAAACCUACUAAAUCUCUUUGUUGAGAUGGAUAUAGGUUGUCAUGGUGUCCUGGCUCCAAACUCGUUCUCAAGUUUUGCAUCUCUGGAACAACUUACAAUUUCUGGAUGCUUUUCAGAGAUCCCUCCAGAAGCGUUUAAUGGAUUGACGAACGUAACUUCACUAAAAAUAUCUUACAACUUUUCAGAAAACUGCAGUGAGGUAGCUCUUGAUUUCAGUCACCUUCCGUCACUUACCAGUUUGUCUAUUUCAGACUAUAGUUUGUCGUUAUUGCCAUCAAAUGUUUUUGAAACAAUUCCUCUUUUGCAAAACUUAUUUUUAGCUAAUGUGUGUUUGAGGGACAUGUCUGAGGUUUUGUGUCGGCUGUCAAAGGUUAAGACACUGAAGUACUUUACUCUAAAUGAAAUUUUGUUAAAUAGACUUCAGUACCCAAACUGCUCUAUUUUCAAUACAUCUGACAUAUCUGAGUUCAAUAUUAAAGAAGUGCAUUUGCAUUUUGCAACAGUAGAGCAUGUAGACGAGGGUGCUUUGAAAGUUUUUAGAAAGCUCUCUAGCUUUGUUUUUUCUGUUUCAAGCACAGAUUUCCUGAGAGAUCUUUCUUUAAUUGGAGUCCAUAAAAUCAGAACUUUGGAUUUCAGAGUGGAUGUACUUAAUGUUGCUGACUUGUGUACAGCAGCAAAAUUAUAUGGGAUUAACUCUAUACAAGUUAAAUAUAAAACAACUAACUUUCUGCCGACUCAUACUAAUAUUUCAGGUGGCUGUAAAACUAUUAAGGACGUAAUACUUGAUACAACUGUAAAUCCUACAAACAUCUUAGAUGUAAAUUCUGUCUUCCAGAUUUUCAGCAACCUCACACUUAUUAGCAUAUAUAAGCAUGUGCUCAGAUCAGAUGAUUUCCAAACUUUGUGUGCUUCAUUUCCACAAACAGUCAAACAUCUUUCUGUCAUGGAUCUGCGAGUAAAGAAGGUGGAUAAGAUAGUUUCUCACCAAUUUAUGUGUUUUCCAAAUCUUGAAACUUUGAACUUUACCUCAAGCAAAAUUUUUGUCAUAGAGGAUUUUGCUUUCAUUGGAUUGAACAAGCUAAAAGAGCUAAACCUCUAUAAAAACAAAAUAUCUUCUAUUCAUCAACACACAUUCAGUGGCUUACAUGAACUGAUGGUUCUGAAUCUCCAAGAAAAUCCAAUAAUCCACAUCGAGCCGGAAUCCUUUAGACAUCUUAUUAAGCUUAGCUCAUUUCUGUUGGGAGAUCUUAAAUUUUAUCCUAACAUGUCACUGAUCAAGCUGCAUUUAUCUGAUAUAUUUGGAGGAAUUCCAUAUAAUUUGAGUAAUGUGUUCAUUAGUUCAGGAUUGAGACCAAUGCACCUUGUGAUCGGGAGUAAUACCACACUGAAUAAUGGGCUAAACUUGCACAUCAAAGGUCAAUAUGUGAUUGUUGAGGACUGCAAUAGUUUACUUUUAACAUCUGUAAUCACACUUCAGAUAAAUGCAGCAUAUAUGAUCUGUGAAAAUGAAUUCAUUGGGAAAUAUGUCCCAUCAGUCGUCAGUCUGGAAUUUCAGUCAAUGUUCUCUGACAAUAUUGGAGACUUGUCUGUAAUCAAUCAGCUUGUUCAUUUAAAAAAUCUAAAACUGCGAAACAUUGACUUUACAAAUCAGCCAAACACAGCCAUAAUGUUUCACAAUCUGACAAAACUGGAGACUCUGAUUCUGGCAAACUGCAGAAUAUUCUUUCUAGAUGGAAGUCUGACCAAAGAUUUAAAGGCACUGACAAAACUUUUGCUUUCCCCAAAACAUACAGUUAACAUUCUUCACAGUUUUGUGGAACGUCUUGUUCAUUUGGAGUACAUCCAUAUUGAUAACAUAGUUCUGUACUGCAGUUGUGAUAAUGCAUGGCUGGUAUCGUGGAUAAGGGACAACAGGAAGGUGGAGGUUGUCAUGUCAAACCCCAGCAUGCAAGAUUUGCAGUGUUUGAUUGGCAAUGAAGUUGACCAACUCAACUUUGCCAGCUACGCCAAGGAGAACUGCUCACUUGAACUUGAAUUUGUGUUCUUCGCCUGUUCUUCUGUGUUUUUGUGCAUCUUUAUUGUUGUGGUAUUGAUGUAUAAAUUUGUAGGCCAGUACUUCAAGCCGUUCUAUCACAUCGCCAGUGGAUUGUUUCGAGAGGCUUUGCGUAUGAAGGAGAAACCGCAGUACCGCUAUGAUGCUUUCGUGUCUUACAGCGGUAAGGAUGAGCACUGGGUCAUAGAGGAACUUCUUCCAAACUUAGAGCAGCGCGGGCCUCCAUUUUUGCAUCUCUGUCUGCACAGUCGGGACUUUCAGUUGGGACACGACAUUGUGGAAAACAUCACAGACAGCAUUUACGCAAGUCGCCGGACUCUUUGUCUCGUCAGUCGCAACUACCUCAAUAGCAAUUGGUGCUCACUGGAGAUGCAGCUGGCCACCUACCGGCUCCAGGUAGAACACAGAGACAUUCUUAUCCUGGUCUUCCUAGAAACUAUUCCAUCUCGCUUGCUUUCCUCCCAUCACAGACUGGCCCGGCUGGUAAAAACUAGGACCUAUCUGGACUGGCCACAGGACCCGGAGAUGCAUGAAGCAUUCUGGCACAGAUUGUGGUGUAAACUGAGCUCUAAUAAAGCCAACUAGACUUUCCUUCUGUUUAUUGUGAAGUUGCUUAAGAUAAUUUACAAACUUUCUUUUGUAAAGUGAGCAAUAUUUCAGUAAAAGUUAAAU